AUGAGCGUAGCACGGCCGACCCGAAGCCUGCUAGGCAAGUACAUCUCCUCCGCCGCCGCUCAAUCGCGAAGCCCGGCCUCGACCGUCGUCUGCCGCCAAUUCCACAGUUCUGCCCCGUGUCAGAAGAAGCGGCGCUCCCAGUUCCGCAAUGUCAAAGCCGAGGAGCUGGGGCUCCUCAAGCCCGACGCAAUGGAGAAAUACCAGAAGGAGCACCUGCCCGACUACACCCCGGAGGAAUUGGAGCUGCUGAGACAGAAGUACACGCCCGAGCAGAUGGAAGCCCUGGAAGCUGCUGAGCAGGCCGUCAACCCCGGAGAUAUCGCCAUUCAAGGUCGUCUGCGCGAUGACCUGUUCCGCCCGAAAUACAUUGAAGAUUUCACGGUCAUGGACCCUCGGUACGAUCUCAAGCCAGACCUCAAGGGCACACUCCGGGAGCACAAGUGGGACGACAACGACGAGAGGUUCGAGGAGGAAUUCCUGGACAAGUUUAGCAAAGUGAUGGAGAAAGGGACCAACAACCAGCUCACCCGUGCCAUGAUUCGUGCUCUCCGCCGGGUGAAGCAAAGUCAGGGCCGGGACAUGAUCGACCUCACCGAGGCCGAGCUGAACGACAUGGAGAAGGACCCCUCGCUGCUGGAGAAGUACUUGGUUAAACCUGACGAGCGCGAGCCUAAGUACAAGGAAAAGGAGACCGAGACCGACGACUUCAUAACCAGAGCUCAAGCUCUGAAGCUCGACGAGAUGGUGGAGACCGCUUGGAAGAAGGAACUCGACCUGUUGUCCCACUCAAAACACACCGAGCUGAAGCCCAGCACUUUCGAGCUCGAGGAGGACGGUCCCACCGGUCCAAUCCGCCUCCACACAGCGGAAGCCGUCGAGCUCGGCAAGGUCCCUGGUGUGGCUGGUCUCUACAAGACGUCGGCGGACGAGGACGACGGCAAGGACGACAUGGGUCAGUACACCGAGCUCAAGCAGCUCACCGGGAUGACUUUGUCGGAACUCAAGUCCAUCUACAACAAGACCCUUGUCGUCAGACACGUACACAACCAGACCCGUCUGGGCAAGAUCCGUAGCAUCUCCGCCAUGGUGAUCGCCGGUAACGGCAAUGGGCGCCUGGGACUUGGUGUCGGCAAAUCAACCCAGAUGGACGUCGCCGUCAACACGGCGACCAUGCUCGCAAUCAGAAAUAUGAAGCCCCUGCGACGGUACGAGAACCGGACAAUAUACGGAAACAUCACGUCCAAGGUCUCGGGAACUGUCGUCGAACUAUCUGCUCGUCCUCCUGGCUUCGGUCUCCGCGUCCCCUCGCGUCUCUUCGAGAUGUGCCGUGCCGCUGGCCUGCACGAUCUGGCCGUCCACAUGCCCCGGUCCAAGAAUCCCAUGAACACGGUCAAGGCCACCUACAAUGCCCUAAUGAACCAGCCCGACCCCGAGGAGAUUGCCAUCGGCCGAGGCAAGAAGCUCGUCGACGCCAGAAAGGUGUACUAUGGUGGCGCUGUGCUAUAG